CAACUACUUUAAUACCUUUUCUGACUGGCUGUGCAUCUCCAGCUGUCCUUUCAGUGUUGAAAUAUGAGGGUGUGGUGAAACAAGGAAGGUAAUUAGCAGGAAAACUUCUCUUCCAGCUUUAUUUGAGCACAUCUGCUGCCAUCAGGAUCACAACCUACGAAAACAGAUGGCGUACUCCACAAAAACACUCGCUGGAGGCUGCUUUGGGAAAAUAUACAAGGAGAAAUAUGGAGACACAUGGGCUGCUCUCAAGAGAGUUCCUCUGGGCCUCAUCAACAAACAACAGCUGGAGAGAGAAUGCAGAGUAUAUCAUAAUGCUCGGCAUCCAAACAUAGUGAAGCUUCUCGGCGAUCCUUGGCUGAAAGACUCCAAGUGGAACAUUCCUUUGGAGUUCAUCUUUGGGGAAGAUCUUGAGACGACCAUCUUCAAAGUACAGCUUUCUAAAAUACAGUUGACCCCGGCUGUGAGAGCUACAAUCAUCACUGGUAUGUGUGAAGGUUUGCUUCAUCUGCACAGUAAAGACAUCGUCCAUCAAGACCUCAAACCUGAUAAUGUCAUGGUGGAGCAUCAAACCCACCGUGCCGUGAUCAUUGAUUUGGGACUGGCGAAAUUCUCCCGCAAUGGACUCUCAUCCGCCGUAAACUUGGGGAACGAAGCAUACUCGGCUCCAGAGAUCCUGCAGAUGGACGGAGUGCGUGACAAGCGCUCAGACGUUUGGGCCAUGGGCAAAAUCAUAGCUGAACUCUGCGCCAGGAUCAGACUGCCCACCCAAUUUGUGUCAGCCCUUAAAAUUCGUGAAACCCUCAAAGACCAACCAUACUGUACUCCAGUGUCCAGGAUGGUGGAAGUCAAUCCCAGCUACAGAUCUACUAUGGCUGGAGUCAUUGCAGAAAUCAGGAGAGCUGGAGCCAUUCAACAAAUAGACGGCAGACCUAAAGACAUCACAAGAGACAUUACAAGAGACAUUACUAGAGAUAUUACUAGAGACAUUCCUAGAGAGAUCCCAAGAGAUAAUACUAGAGACAUUCCUAGAGAGAUCCCAAGAGACAUUACAAGAGACAUCCCAAUGGCAAAUCCAAAGUGGAGUCCUCUUGGUCCUAAGGUGGAGUUAAAUAAACCUAAUUUGUAUUAUCGACAGGAUCCACCUCAGCAGAGAGAUUUUGGAAAGGCAUUGGUCCCGGUUAAAAAUGAGGCGUUAAACAAGCAGUUCUCACUGAUGUCCUUUCCAUGUCCUCUCCCAGAAACUGGAAAAGUGACUCAGGAACGCUACAUUGAGGAGAAAGGAGCCCUAGAGUAUAAAGAGAUCGUCACGAAGGGAGGAAAAAUUGUCAAAUAUGAGAAAGUGCAAAUAACCAAAUAGAGUUUGUGUUCCUGGAAAAGGUGGCUGUACAGUACAUAUAUUCGUUUUACAGUGGUGGUGCUUUAAAAAAAAUCAAGAUUAUGUUCUGGUUGGUUUAUUUUUGGAUUUAAAGUUUUAAAAGUUGUCUUAGAAGUGUCCUAAGACAAAAAUGGCUGUUGUUCAAUAGUUUUAGGACAAUGUUGAUGAAAGGUUUUGAUCCACUUUAAAUGUUGACUUAGGGCUGGUUGAUAUUGCAGAAAAAAUAUCAUGUUUCAUAUCAUUCGAUAUUGAUAAUUAUUGAAUAUUUUUUAACAAUAUAUUUAGGAAUAUUAGGAUUUUGUUAUUUAACCACUUUAAUUUACCAACAUUACUAAGGCAAAUAGUUUUAGUAGUCAAAAACGCAAAAAUUUAAACAAAAUACCUGAUCUCUUUAUAAUAAAACAAAUAUAACUUUUAAAGAGACUCUUAAAGUUGAUUAAUAAAAUGCUGUGUGCAACUAAGGUAGAUCAACAUCUGUAAGGUGUGAAUAAUAAUGAUACAGUAAACCUCAAACUCUGUAAACAACACAAAUUAUAAUCAAGUCUAAGCUUUCAAGUAAAGGAACCAAGCAUCAUUAUUCAAAUACAUCUGAGCAUUACAAAUUGUGAAGUUCGAUGACUAUAUUAUUAUCCAAUAUGCUAAAAAAUCUUUCAGAUGUGCAGCUAGUGGUUGGGAUGCACGAGAAAAGAAACCAAAAAGCCACACUGGCGACAACCUUACAUCCUUAUUUAUUUACAAUCUCCUCACUGCUGCUAGCCACCACACUCAUUUUCACAUGUGUUGUUAUUCUGACCUGAAGUGGCAAGCUCGAGUUUUUAACUAGGUGCACCUGAAAAAUGCGCAUCGUGCAAGUCACGCGCCUCCAUUGCACUUUAAAACCCAACAGUUAACUUUAUCAAAUGAAAUGAGUGUAGUUGACUCAAAAUUGACUGAAAGUUAAUUCUACUCAUUUGAAAUAAGUUUUGAACUCAGUGUUGAAACUAAUGAGUUAAUUAAAUACCUCAUUAAAGUAGGUUCACAGUAGUAGAUUAGUUUUUCCUCAAACGGUUUUGAGUUGCCUUAACUUAUUGGGUUUUACACUACUCAGCUGGUUUGAGUUCUCUUCAUUUAUUAGAUUUUACUGUGCUCAAAUUGCUUCAUUUACUCAAAUGGAUUAAGUUCACAGUACUCAUUAGGAUUAGUUUUAGAGCUUAAAUGGUUUGUCGCAAUCGGUUUCCUCAAAUGGUUUGAGUUACCUUAACUUUUUGGGUUUUACAGUGUGGAAAUGUAAAGCCUACACCCUAAGCUUAUUAGCAUUGCUUCUAAGGCGUGCGCUCAGCAGCCACAUUUUUAUAAAACUAUAGCGCUUCAUACAGAAAAUACCGAAUCUUUUUUUAAAUCGAUAUUGACAAUGGUGUUCGCUCAAUAAACAUCGAUACCGAUUUUAUCGCCCAGCCCUAUGUGUUGACUAUUGUCAAUUUUGUGACUUUUUUUUCCCUUUAGGGUUAUUAAAUAUCACAUAAAGCACAUAAAUAAAGACAUUUUCCUUUUUUUUUUUUUUUUGUAAAAUGGGCAUAACAACUUUCUAUUAAUAAUGCUGCUCAAUUUAAUCCUUUCAUUUUAGGGUUAAAGGCAGUGUCACAGAACCAAAAGCAAACAAAGAAAUAAGCAAAAAGCAAGUCUCUAACUGUGUUUUCAUUUAAAUGUAUGCGUUUUGCAAAUGCCUUUAUGCAUGUCGCAAUGCCUUGAUUGUGUAUAUUGUUAUCGUAUACAUCAUGCUGCAUCUGAGCAUCUGAAUGUUAGAUUUUAUGGCACACUUUAAGUCCUUUUUCACACUUUCUCAGUAACAUUAUAAUUUAACAAAUGGGUUUAAAGAUGUUGUUAAAUGCAUUGUUUGUUUUUGUGUGAGAACUAUUAAUGAAAUGUUAAAGGAUUACUGUUCUUUUCAGGUUUUGUAUGGUUUCUGUAUUGUUAUUUUGGGUAAUUUACACUAAACCAAAUGCAACUCAAUUUGACUCAAAACACGAAAGUUGUACCUGAAUUCUGAACAAUGGUUGAAGUAAAGCUGUUGACACUGUCAGAGUUGAACUGCUCUUGAUAUUUGAGGUAUUUUCUCACUGUAGUUAAAACUCUGUGUAAGUUCCUUCAGCAAUAAUUGAUGUGAAAUACAAAUCAAUAACAUGUUUGAAACACUGUUAUCUUUUAUUGAAGAUGCUUAUUGAAGAUGCUUAUGUAGCAUGUUGAUAAACAACUGCCAAAACAACAAAGUACACUGUAAAACCCUAAUGUUGUCUUUACUUAAACAAUUAAGUAAAGUUGACUGAACAUAACUUAAAA